CUGGCCGCGCGCAAGCCACUCGCAGUUUUGUCCUUACUCAGCCACAGCUUGCAAUUUACUCGUUCAAUUCAAAUUCAGAACAAUUUAUUUUGUUUAAUCGUGGACUUUGAAUGUAGUGUAGUGCCAUGGCUUUGCUGCAAGGACCUUCGCUGAAACAGCUGGAGAUGAUUAAGCAGGAGUUGGGGGAGGGAGAAGGGGACCUCGAGAGAGGGGUGCGGGACCUCAGGAGCAUGUGUGCUGCCUCUCCACACCUGCCACGGCCUGAGACCAUAGAUACAAGUUUCCUGGAGCUGUUCGUGCGCGGCUGCCGCAUGGAUAUGGAGCGCGCGCGUACCAAGUUCGAGGCAUUCUGCGCCGCCAGGGGACGCCACAGGGACCUUUACCAGCAGCGCUCGCUCAACGACCCACCUCUUAACGAUAUCUGCAACUUCAUGGACAUAGUGCCGCUGCCAAAGCUCACAGACGACGGGCUUCGAGUGACCAUAUUCCGCAUUAGGCCGCAGUACCCGGAGAGCAGCGCAGACAUAGCGGCGACUGUUCGUGCUGUCCUGCUCGUGGCCGACGCGCGCAUGCGUGAUGAAAAGGCCAUCAGCGGCGACGCGUUCGUGUGGGAUGUAUCAGCGGUUCGCGCGUCACUGGUAGCGCGCGUAGCGGCGGCGGCGGGCACGGUGCGGCGCGGCAUCCACCUCGCACACGCAGCGUAUCCGCAGCGGCUGAAACGCAUUCACAUUGUCGGCGCACCCACCUUCAUCGCUUCCUCGCUGCAGCUUAUGCGGUCCUGUAUGAACGAGAAAGUUAAACGGCGGUUUUAUUUGCACUCUAAAGUGGACGAGUUGCUCGAGCAAAUCCCCGCACGAGUGUUGCCAGCCGAGUGGGGCGGCGAAGAGGAGUCCAUAGACACGAUCGCCCGGAAGUGGCGACACCGCAUCGAUGAGAGCCGCGACUACCUACGCAACCUCAACGACGUCUCCUCCUCCAACGUCAAGUCGACAGACAGCGACAUCUAUGGCGCGGUUGGCGCUUUCAGAAAACUUGACAUCGAUUAGUCUAUGGUUCAUAAAACUUUUUAAAAUUGCCACUAAAAACUGUUGUGUGAGUGGUUGCAGAGUGCGAGCCACGCAGUUUGUGAUGGGGUAUAUGUUUACGUUUAAUUUAAAUAUUGUCACUGUAACUAACACACCAAAGAAUGAAGAAGAAUGUGAUUCCAAGUGAAUUGUAUUCAACUGUUUCGUGUUAAAGGUGUUUUUGAUCAAUUGUCGUUUACUACUUUAUUGUAUUACAUGUGGAGAAGAGCCCGACAAUCCCGACAGAUUGUGCGUAUUCUUGGCAAUAUUUAGAGAUUAUUAUUUCGUAUAAAGCAGGCUAAAUAAUACAUAGUAAAAAAAUUGUGUCGGUAUAUUUGGGCGCUUGGUGUAAGCAAAAGUAGAACGGAAAGAUAAAACUUCAAAGUUUUAUGUUCAAAUUAUCGUUUGCUUGGUAAUUAUUAUGUUAAGAGAUAAAUUAGGUAUUUUAAGGUUAAGUUUCCCUAUAAUAUAAGAGCCUAGUUAAGCAUGUUUAUAAUUAUAUUUAAAAAAUAAUAAAAAAUAUUGACUCAGGUA